CGAGACAACCGGCUUCUGGGAAUUUAAAGAAAUUCCGACAUGUGCUAUCUUGCGACACCAAAAAACCACAAUAUUUUCCUAAAAAACUAUCAAAUUCUUAAUUUCUAAUAAUUCCUCCACUUCAGGUCACGAUUUGAAGUCCAGGACGCCAGAAAAAUUUCGAGGUUUGUUUCACACUUUCAACGAAACAUAAUUUACAUAAAAGUUUUGUAACGACAAAUGAAACGAGCAAUUCCAUUAAUUUUCAAAUCAAAUCAAGUAAAGUUAAUUGGCACGAUGGCGGACGCUUCCAUGAAGGAUUUAACUCUAAAGUCGUCGACGAGUGGAGAUGCGAAUGAAGAAAGCUUUGAAGGGAUCACGGAGGUGAGGGAGGGGAAAGCGAUAAUCCGAUGCGAUAAGAAGCUCAACAUCUUUUACAAUGCUACACAAGAAGUUAACAGGGAUAUUAGCAUUGUUGGUGUCCACGCCCACAUAUUGCGAGAAAAAAAGGAUGAUGUUACCCUUGUGGAAGCAAUGGCAGCGUCAGGGAUUCGAAGCAUAAGAUACGCAUUGGAAGUCAAAGGGCUGAAGAAAGUGAUUGCUAAUGAUUUUUCGACCGAUUGUAUCACGAGUAUUAAUAAGAAUUCUAAAUUAAAUGGGACAGAAGAUAUUGUACAACCUUCACUAAAUGAUGCAAAUGUAAUUAUGCGGUCUCAAAAAGGAUUCAUAAUAGACUUGGAUCCGUAUGGUAGUCCAGCUGCAUUUAUUGAUUCGGCAGUUCAUGGCCUAGAAGAUGGAGGAUUAUUUGUUGUAACAGCGACCGACAUGGCAGGACUGGCUGGAGGAAAUGCAGGCGAAGCAUGCUUUGCUCGAUAUGGAGCAAUGCCACUAAAAAUUAAAUCGUGCCAUGAAAUGGCCUUGCGCAUUUUAAUACACACCGUUCAGAGUUCUGCAAACAGAUAUGGCCGUGUUGCUAUUCCAUUGUUGUCGCUGAAAAUAGAUUUUUAUGUCAGAUUGUUCUUCAAGAUUAUCAAAAGCCCUGAGAGGGCCAAGGAAUCUUGCAUUAACACUUCCCUCGUUUACUAUUGUACCGGAUGCAAAGCCUUUAAUUUUCAACCACUGGGUGUCAGAAAGAGUCAGAAGAUUUACACAUUCGCCCGUGGUCCACCCGUCUCAGACAAGUGCUCAAAUUGUGGCUCCAUUCAUCAUGUGGGUGGACCUAUUUGGACUGGCCCUAUGCAUGAUAAGGAUUUUGUUUCUGUGAUGGAGAAAACACUAGAGGAUAAUUAUUCCUAUUUAAACACUUUUCCGAGAAUAGAGGGAAUAAUUAAUCUUGUCGCUGAAGAAGUAGAUGUUCCAUUAUUUUACGAACUUAGUGAACUCUGUUCAGUUUUAAAAGUUGGUACAAUACCUUUGCCGAAGAUCCGGUCUGCCAUUCUAAAUUUAGGAUACCAAGUCUCUCUCUCCCACAUUGCUCCAAACACAAUUAAAACUACAUGUCCCAAUUCCAUUAUAUGGGACAUUAUGCGAAAAUGGAAAUUACAAAAUCCUAGUCCUCAGCCAUUAAAAGAAGGAGCUGGUUUCAAUAUAAUGCAAAAGGAGUCUGAAACUCCAAAUAUUUCAUUCGAUUUACACCCAGAUGCCAACCCUGCUUCGAAGGAAAAUAACCUGAUGAGGUAUCAAAAUAAUCCAACCAGGAAUUGGGGACCUGGAGUUCGAAAUGCAUUCAAAGGACAACAGAAAUCGGAAGACAAGCGGAUAGCCAACCAGGGAAAGAAAAGACAUCAACGAAAAGAGCCUGGUACUUCUAACAAAUCUGAACCAGAAUCAUCACCUAGUCCAGAAAGUAAAUGUUUUAAAAAGGACGACAGCACAAUCAGUGGCGAAGAAGGUCAGGAAAAACUGUAAUUAUUUUCCCCAUAAAACGGUACUGACGAAUAUGAUUAAAUAGUGAAAACUGCGAGGGCAUAAUUUGUUUUGAUUAUGACUGAGUUUUGAGUUUAAUUUAUAAAAUUUUGUUACUUAAAAUUAAAUUAAUUAGAAUUUAUAAAAUUAAUAUUCUAUUGGUUAGCCUCGAAAAUUCUACUUGGAAUGUCAAGUUUUUUUUAACUAACAUAACACUAAAUAUAGGACAUUAAAAUCGUAUAUUUUCUGAAAAAUUUACAAAGU